AUGCAGGAUAGGAAGUACACGGUUGACUACAUGAUUAAGCUUGACGACAACAACAUCUUGGUCAGGCUUCACUUCAAUGGAAGGGUCUCCGACAUUGAAUUUGGACCAGAAGACCUCCAUGAUCCAGCGAAUUCGACCGGCACACAGCCCUUGAAGCAGCAGUACCUUAAUGCGCUUCAACAUUCGUUCGGCGAUGAUGCAUCUGUGGAAGCUGCUGAAGCCGAUGAAAUCGAUGGGGCGACCGAACUGUCCUUUGCCGUGGGACCAUUUUUGACACAUGGAACCUUCGAAACUUUUGCCCCGGAAGCAUCAACGCUUUGUCUCAAUACCUUACAAGACAUUCUUCACCCUCCGCUUCUGUCGUUUACCCUACGUGUAGUUCAAGGAGAUCUCGUGCCGAUCGGCCGGUCUCCAGAGAAAACGGAAACCGCGGAUCCACCCUGGGCUGCUGUCUGGAAAUCUGAGCAUUGGCUCGAAUACCCUCAUGUCAAAGCAAAAGAUAUCGCCUUGGCCCGGACUUCUCAGACAUCCUCAAAUACCAACCUCGUCAUGUUCAACAACCGCAUAUGCUGGUUUAAGCCUGUUUUGGACUACGUCGAUAGUCCUCCAUAUAUUCGAGAGAUCGAUAUACUCUCCAAGCUCUCUCGGGAAAAUCUCAGCCACAGACUACGCUGCCCGCAGAUAGAAGCUAUUGUACUUGAUGGCAAGGAUGGUAACAGGGGAUUUAUCAACGGUCUUAUUCUCACCGCCAUCCACCCCAACCAUGGGACCAUAGCAGAUCGAGUCAACAGACCAGAAGGGCCAUCUCUCCCCAUGGCGCUAUGUGAACGCUGGUAUUGUGAUAUCGAGACCAUGGUACAUUUAUUGCACGACAAAGGUUUUGUCUGGGGCGAUGUUUCGCCGAACAACAUGGUCAUUGAUGCCAACGAGAAUGUCUGCAUCAUCGAUUUCGGGGGUGGAUACACGGAGGGCUGGGUCGACGAGGAAGACAGGGAGACCAAGAAAGGGGAUCUAGAAGGACUCAAGAGGAUCAAGGAGUACUUGUUGGAUAUGGACCGGACAGGAGAUGCCACAGAGUGA